AUGUCGAAGGUGCCACCACACUACGGAGACAGUGUAAAUAAUAUAUUUUUUCGUACGGUGCGUGUGGUGCAAUUUCGAAUUGCACCGUUAACCGAAAAAAUUCCGAAGUCAUCGGGCACCACUACGUUACAGCGUCUCAAGGCCAAGGCUGCAGGUGGUAGCGUGAAACGCAGUCGAACAGGCAGCGCAGCGGCUGGGACAACGGUAACAGCGAACAAUAGUAGUGGUAGCGGGAUCGGAGGAAGUGGUCGUGUAGCAGGCGGCCGUAAAUUUACAGCAGGCGGUGUACAACAAUUGCAACGAAGUGGCGGCGGUGCUGGUCAGUGGGCAGCAGGGGCGGCGGCGACGACGACGAGUGGUGCGGGUCCUGGCAGUGGCGGCAGCGGCAGCGGGCAAGGAAAUUCAGCGACGUCUGACUCCGCUUUGAACACCCACAAAAUCAUCAUACCAUCAACAACAACACCAAUCCAAUAUCAACAACUACAAUUAUAA